GAUAGAGAGAGAGGUUGUGUGUUACUUCCUGUUCUCUCAGUCUCGCCUGUGACUCUUGUACAAACUUGUUUCCUUUCCUGUUUAACCUCUCAGGCUGACUUCAGAUCAGAAGAUGAUUGACUGUGAGGAGGAAGAGGAGGACAGAGCAGAGUCUCUAGUCUCUGGCUGUCUGACUAUGAAGAGUGACCGGUCCUUAGAUCAUCCUCCAACGUUCAGUAAUGAACCUGGACCCUCAGAGUCAAAAAAUCAUGUUGGUGUUUGCAGAGUUCAGUCCAGACGGAGAGCAGAGUCUCCAGUACCCAGCUGUCUGUCUGUGAAGAGUGACUGGUCCAUGGGGAAACCUCCAUUCUUCAGUAAUGAACCUGGACCCUCAGAGUCAAAGAAGAGGAGUGAUGUCUCUGUGGAGGAGCAGCUGUCCUGCUGUGCUUUGUGUCAGGACGUCCUGAAGGAUCCGGUCUCUGUCUGCAGACAGUGCAUCACCUCAUACUGGGACCAGUCUGCUUCAUCAAGAGACUCCUCCUGUCCCCAGUGUGGUCAGACCAGCACUGUACAAACAGAUAGAGGUCUGCAGGAGGUUGUAGAUGAACAUAAGAUCAGUCUGAAGGAGAGAUGUGAACGUGUGACUGAAGGAAGUGAUGAAACAGGAAGUGGAACCCUCCUCAACAGGAUCUACACUGAGCUCUACAUCACAGAGGGACAGAGUGAAGAGGUUAAUACCCAACAUGAGGUGAGGCAGCUUGAGACAGCUUCCAAGAAGAAGACCCUCCAUGACGCUCCAAUCAAGUGCCAGGACAUCUUUAAAGCCUUACCUGACCAACAGGGACACAUCAGAGUCGUUCUGACGAACGGCGUCGCUGGCGUUGGAAAAACCUUCUCAGUGCAGAAGUUCACUCUGGACUGGGCAGAGGGCUUGGAGAACCAAGAUGUCAGUCUGGUGGUUCUGCUUUCGUUCAGGGAGCUGAACUUGAUCAGAGAUGAGCAGUACAGUCUUCUCAUGCUGCUCCAUGUUUUCCAUCCAACAUUACAGAAGGUCACAGCAGAGAAGCUCGCUGACUGUAAAGUUCUGUUCAUCUUUGACGGCCUGGAUGAAAGCAGACUUUCACUGGAUUUCAAGAACAACGAGGUUGUGUCUGAUGUCACCCAGAAGUCAUCAGUCAACGUGCUGUUGACAAACCUCAUCCAGGGGAAUCUGCUUCCCUCAGCUCUCGUCUGGAUAACUUCCCGACCUGCAGCAGCCAAUCAGAUCCCUCCUGCAUGUGUUGACAGGGUAACAGAAGUACGAGGCUUCACUGACGCCCAGAAGGAGGAGUACUUCAGGAGGAGAGUCAGUGAUGAAGAGCUGUCCAGCAGAAUCAUCUCACACAUCAAGACAUCCAGGAGCCUCCACAUCAUGUGUCUAAUCCCAGUCUUCUGCUGGAUCACUGCUACAGUUCUGGACCACAUGUUGACUACAGACCAGAGAGGAGAGCUGCCCAAGACCCUGACUGACAUGUACUCACACUUCCUGUUGGUUCAGACAAAGAGGAAGAAGCAGAAGUACGGUGAGGGACGUGAGACGAGUCCACAGGAGCUGACGGAGGCUGACAGGGAAGUUCUGCUGAAGCUGGGGAGGCUGGCGUUUGAACAUCUGGAGAAAGGAAACAUCAUGUUCUACCAAGAAGACCUGGAGCGGUGUGGUCUGGAUGUCACAGAGGCCUCGGUGUACUCAGGAGUUUGUACAGAGAUCUUCAAAAGAGAGUGUGUGAUCUUCCAGAAAACAGUCUACUGCUUUGUUCACCUGAGCAUUCAGGAGUUUCUGGCUGCAGUCUACAUGUUCCACUGUUACACAAACAGGAACACAGAGGUACUGAAGGCCUUCCUGGGAGAAGAAUAUGUUCAUUCAACCCUGGAUGACUUCCUGGAGAGAGCCAUGGAGAAAUCCCUUGAAAGUAAAAAUGGCCACCUGGACCUGUUUGUUCGCUUCCUUCAUGGCCUCUCUCUGAAGUCCAACCAGAAGCUCUUAGGAGGUCUGCUGGGUCAGACAAAGAGCAGUCCAAAAAUCAUCCAGAGAAUCAUCAACAACCUGAAGGAGAUGAACAGAUAUGAUGCCCCUCCUGACAGAAACAUCAACAUCUUCCACUGUCUGACGGAGAUGAACGACCACUCGGUAUAUCAGGAGAUCCAAGAGUUCCUGAAGUCAGAGAACAGAUCAGAGAAGAAACUCUCUGAUAUCCACUGCUCAGCUCUGGCCUACAUGCUGCAGAUGUCAGAGGAGGUUCUGGAUGAGUUGGACCUGCACAAGUACAACACAACAGAGGAGGGACGACUGAGACUGAUUCCAGCUGUGAGGAACUGCAGAAAAGCUCUACUUUCUGGCUGUUACCUCUCAGAUAUUCACUGUGAAGUUGUGGCCUCAGCUCUGAAGUCCAACCCCUCCCAUCUGAGAGAGCUGGACCUGAGUAACAACAAGGACCUGAAGGAUUCAGGAGUGAAGCUGCUUUCUGCUGCACUGGAGAGUCCAAACUGUAGACUGGAGACUCUGAGAUUGAGUGACUGCAGUUUGUCAGAGAUCAGCUGUGCUUCUCUGAUCUCAGCUCUGAAGUCCAACCCCUCCCAUCUGAGAGAGCUGGAUCUGAGCUACAACGAAUACCUGAAGGAUUCAGGAGUGAAGCUCCUGUCUGGUUUUCUGGAGAGUCCACACUGUAGACUGGAGACUCUGAGAUUGAGGGGCUGCAGUUUGUCAGAGAUCAGCUGUGCUUCUCUGGCCUCAGCUCUGAAGUCCAACCCCUCCCAUCUGAGAGAGCUGGAGCUGAGUAACAACAAGCUGAAGGAUUCAGGAGUGAAGCUCCUGUGUGGUUUUCUGGAGAGUCCACACUGUAGACUGGAGACUCUGAGACUUUCUGGCUGUGACCUCUCAGAUACUCACUGUGAAGUUGUGGCCUCAGCUCUGAAGUCCAACCCCUCCCAUCUGAGAGAGCUGAACCUGAGUAACAACAACCUGAAGGAUUCAGGAGUGAAGCUGCUUUCUGCUGCACUGGAGAGUCCAAACUGUAGACUGGAGACUCUGAGAUUGAGGGGCUGCAGUUUGUCAGAGAUCAGCUGUGCUUCUCUGGCCUCAGCUCUGAAGUCCAACCCCUCCCAUCUGAGAGAGCUGCAGCUGGAUGAAAACGAGCUGAAGGAUUCAGGAGUGAAGCUGCUGUCUGGUUUUCUGGAGAGUCCACACUGUAGACUGGAGACUCUGAGAUUGAGUUUCUGCAGGUUGUCAGAGAUCAGCUGUGCUUCUCUGGCCUCAGCUCUGAAGUCCAACCCCUCCCAUCUGAGAGAGCUGAAGCUGAGAGGAAACAACCUGGAGGAUUCAGAUGUGAAGCUGCUGUCUGAUCUGGUGGAGAGUCCACACUGUAGACUGGAGACUCUGAGAGUUCAGUCCAGACGGAGAGCAGAGUCUCCAGUACCCAGCUGUCUGUCUAUGAAGAGUGACCGGUCCAAAGAUCAACCUUUGAACUUCAGUAAUGAAGCUGGACCCUCAGAGUCAAAGAAGAGGAGUGAUGUCUCUGUGGAGGAGCAGCUGUCCUGCUGUGCUUUGUGUCAGGACGUCCUGAAGGAUCCGGUCUCUACCAGCUGUGGACACUGGUUCUGCAGACAGUGCAUCACCUCAUACUGGGACCAGUCUGCUUCAUCAGGAGACUCCUCCUGUCCCCAGUGUGGACAAAGAUCCAGAACCAGAGCUGGACUGCAGCCAGCCGGUCAGACCAGCACUGUACAAACAGAUAGAGGUCUGCAGGAGGUUGUAGAUGAACAUAAGAUCAGUCUGAGGAGGAGAUGUGAACGUGUGACUGAAGGAACUGAUGAAACAGGAAGUGGAACCCUCCUCAACAGGAUCUACACUGAGCUCUACAUCACAGAGGGACAGGAUGAAGAGGUUAAUACCCAACAUGAGGUGAGGCAGCUUGAGACAGCUUCCAAGAAGAAGACCCUCCAUGACGCUCCAAUCAAGUGCCACGACAUCUUUAAAGCCUUACCUGACCAACGGGGACACAUCAGAGUCGUUCUGACGAACGGCGUCGCUGGCGUUGGAAAAACCUUCUCAGUGCAGAAGUUCACUCUGGACUGGGCAGAGGGCUUGGAAAACCAAGAUGUCAGUCUGGUGGUUCCGCUUUCGUUCAGGGAGCUGAAAUUGAUCGGAGAUGAGCAGUACAGUCUUCUCAUGCUGCUCCAUGUUUUCCAUCCAACAUUACAGAAGGUCACAGCAGAGAAGCUCGCUGUCUGUAAAGUUCUGUUCAUCUUUGACGGCCUGGAUGAAAGCAGACUUUCACUGGAUUUCAAGAACAACGAGGUUGUGUCUGAUGUCACCCAGAAGUCAUCAGUCAACGUGCUGUUGACAAACCUCAUCCAGGGGAAUCUGCUUCCCUCAGCUCUCGUCUGGAUAACUUCCCGACCUGCAGCAGCCAAUCAGAUCCCUCCUGCAUGUGUUGACAGGGUAACAGAAGUACGAGGCUUCACUGACGCCCAGAAGGAGGAGUACUUCAGGAGGAGAGUCAGUGAUGAAGAGCUGUCCAGCAGAAUCAUCUCACACAUCAAGACAUCCAGGAGCCUCCACAUCAUGUGUCUAAUCCCAGUCUUCUGCUGGAUCACUGCUACAGUUCUGGACCACAUGUUGACUACAGACCAGAGAAGAAAGCUGCCCAAGACCCUGACUGACCUGUACUCACACUUCCUGUUGGUUCAGACAAAGAGGAAGAAGCAGAAGUACGGUGAGGGACGUGAGACGAGUCCACAGAAGCUGACGCAGGCUGACAGGGAAGUUCUUCUGAAGCUGGGGAGGCUGGCGUUUGAACAGCUGGAGAAAGGAAACAUCAUGUUCUACCAAGAAGACCUGGAGCGAUGUGGUCUGGAUGUCACAGAGGCCUCGGUGUACUCAGGAGUUUGUACAGAGAUCUUCAAAAGAGAAAGUGUGAUCUUCCAGAAAACAGUCUACUGCUUUGUUCACCUGAGCAUUCAGGAGUUUCUGGCUGCAGUCUACAUGUUCCACUGUUACACAAACAGCAACACAGAGGUACUGAAGGACUUCAUGGGAGAAGAAUAUGUUCUUUCAACCCUGAAUGACUUCCUGAAGAGAGCCAUGGAGAAAUCACUUGAAAGUAAAAAUGGCCACCUGGACCUGUUUGUUCGCUUCCUUCAUGGCCUCUCUCUGGAGUCCAACCAGAAGCUCUUAGGAGGUCUGCUGGGUCAGACAGACAACCGUCCAAAAAUCAUCCGGAGAAUCAUUAACAACCUGAAGGAGAUGAACAGAGAUAAUACCCCUCCUGACAGAAGCAUCAACAUCUUCCACUGUCUGACGGAGAUGAACGACCACUCGGUACAUCAGGAGAUCCAAAAGUUCCUGAAGUCAGAGAACAGAUCAGAGAAGAAACUCUCAGAGAUCCACUGCUCAGCUCUGGCCUACAUGCUGCAGACUUCAGAGGAGGUUCUGGAUGAGUUUGACCUGAGGAAGUACAACACAACAGAUCAGGGACGAUGGAGACUGAUUCCAGCUGUGAGGAACUGCAGAAAAGCUCUGUAA